AGAGAGACAGAGAGAGAAACGUCUUCCUUUUGCUGUUGGUUCACCCUCCAAUGGCCGCCGCUGCAGCCGGCGCACCGCGCUGAUCCGAUGGCAGGAGCCAGGAUCCAGGUGCUUUUCCUGGUCUCCCAUGGGGUGCAGGGCCCAAGCACCUGGGCCAUCCUCCACUGCACUCCCUGGCCAUAGCAGAGAGCUGGCCUGGAAGAGGGGCAACCGGGACAGAAUCCGGCGCCCUGACCGGGACUAGAACCCGGUGUGCCGGCGCCGCAAGGUGGAGGAUAAGCCUAUUGAGCCACGGCGCCGGCCUAAAAUCAUAUCUAUUUUAUACACACACUGGAGUAUACACACCAAAGGUCUUCAGAUAGUUCAUGGAAAAUGCAUGUUAUGAAAACACUGCAAGGAUUUCAAAAUUUUUUGCACCAAAAUAGACUUAGCAUUAACGCCAUUUCUAUGAAUUUUAAAUUAAUAUUUAAAAACAGAUUUAGAUAUUUGUUUGAAACAGUGACUGAGAGAGGUCUUCCAUCCACUGGUUUACUCCUCAAAUGCUGGCAACUGCUGAGACCGCCACACUGAACCCAGGAGCCAGGAACUCAAUCCAGGUCUCAUGUAGGUGGCAGGGAUCCGAGUCCUUGAGCCAUUAUCUGCUUCCCAGAGGGGGCCUUAGCGGGAAGUUGGAUGGGAAACAGGGUAGCCAGCACUGAAAGCAGGUACUCUGAUGCAGGAUGGAGGAACUCAAGUGGCGUCUUCACUGCUGCGCCAGACAGUUGCCAGUUUUCCAUAAAUACUCAUCUGUGCAUAUGAGGCACAUGCACUCACCUGACCCCUGUUCUUGCUUGUGUUCUGUCUAGGAAUUUGUCUCCUUCAUUAGGAGAUAGGUGUGUGUGUAUAUAUAUAUAUAUAUAUAUACCUAAAGGUGAGGACAGACUAAUUUCUGUGGUUGUUCUCUGUUGCCUUAUGUGUAAAAUGAAAAGUUUAUUCCUAUUUUCAGUUGUUUUGAGUGAUAGAUUUCAUUGACUACUCCAGAAAAGCUUAGAAAUUUUUGUUUUACUUGUUGGGCUCCAAGAAAAUACAGAGCUUGUGCCAAGCCAGCUAAAAUUGAGUGUAAAACACAGAGGACUCACUGGGCACAUUGACUUUGUGGGGCAUUGUGGGAAUGGUGCCCCUCACACUUUACGACAGUAUUGUAGGGUUGGUGCUGUCACACUUUACGGCAGUCUUGUCAGGUGCUGCUUCCCGUACUUUGACAGCAAAGUACCUAGGUGGUGCAGUGUGUAGUCGUGCCCUGCUGGGGUUGCACUGUGUUGGUGUGGCACUGGGUAGGUUCUUCUCUGCGUAGGUGGUGCAAAAGGGGUUACUUUUUUGCAGUUUCUUUAACACUGUGGUUUGUAACAAAGCUUAUUCCACCCAAAAAAGGACAAAUGAGUUCUUUUCAGGAAGGGGUUGAGAACACACUGCUAGUUGCAUCCAGAAUAAUGUUUCUGAGUUGCAGUUGGAAGCGCAGGAAUUUACUGUUGAGCUGGGAAAAAAUGUUGUUGCUUCCAGACUUUUUUCCCCUUUCAGCAACAUUUUAAAGACCAAUUCAGGAAAAUCUAAAACCUAAAUCUUUUUUUAUAAAUAAAAUGGGUUUAUUUAUUUAUGAAAGGCAGGGCUACAGAGAGAGAAGGAGGGACAGAGGAAGGAAGAGAGAUAGAAAGAGAUUUAUCUGCUGGUUCACUCCCCAAGUGGCUGCAACAGCAGGCUGAAGCCGGGAAGAGCCUGGGACUCCUUCUGGUCUCCCAGUCCAUUAUCCUCCCAGUCUACAAUGCUGAGCCAUGGCUGGAUGAGUGUUUGAGUUCUGUUUUGCAACAGGACUUUGAAGGUGCCCUGGAACUCUCUGUCUUUAAUGAUGCCAGUCAGGACAAGUCUAUGACUAUCAUUGAAAAAUGGAAAGAGAAGCUAGAAGAGUCUGGUAUCCUCGUGGUUGUUGGAGGGCACAGUUCUUCUUCUCCCCGGGGAGUUGGAUAUUCUAAAAAUCAAGCAAUUGCACAGAGCUCAGGGUCUUACCUUUGCUUUUUGGAUUCAGAUGACGUGAUGAUGCCCCAGAGGGUGAGGUUGCAACAUGAAGCUGCUGCCCAGCACCCAACCAGUAUCAUAGGAUGCCAAGUGAGGAGAGAGCCCCCGAACUCCACUGAACGAUACACGCGUUGGGUCAACCAGCUAGCACCUGACCAGCUUCUGACACAGGUCUUCACCUCUCACGGCCCCACGGUGAUCAUGCCCACCUGGUUCUGCUCCCGCGCAUGGUUCUCCCACGUGGGCCCAUUUGAGGAGGGCGGGCAGGGGGAGCCCGAGGACCUGCUCUUCUUCUACCAGCACCUCAGGAAGGGCGGUGGGGUCGUCCGUGUGGACCAGAGCCUCCUUCUGUACCGCUACCACCCACAGGCAGUCACUCAUUCCAUCCUUGAGACCUCACAGGGGGCGAGUUUGAGGAGAACCUGCGGUCGCUGCACUUGCUCGAGGGCCGGGACUUCCUGCACUUCAGCUGAGAGCACAGCCCUCCAGGAUGGACCAGUGCGAGCACCCACAGGGACAGAAGCAGAGGCCAUGUUUGCCAAGAGCCCUCAGUGGCUGCCGCACAGCGGGCACACGGCGUCCGUGAGGUACGCCUGCUUCAGGAACAGACCAGUCGUCUGCAUCCCACGUCACCCUGGGACACACACGGACAGUCCCCUGCAGGUGUGGCAGAGCCGCUGGCUGCAUACCUGUCCCUCCUAAACUGCACACGGGCAGCGCCGUGGGCUUGUGCAACAGGCCCGUAUGUGGAGGUGGGAGGGAGGCCCACCACUCCUGCAGCUGGGGCUUAGCGGCUCCUCUGGCCUUUGUAUCAUGAUUUCCAUCUCAGCGGAGAAACGUGACUGGGCAGACCCUGAUUCCUGGAGCAGGCGCACCCUCCACGGCAAGAGGGCCCACCACAGCCUCGUCUCCCCGGGGGCCGGCUCUGCUGCUCUCGCGUGCAUCGGUCUCAGAGACAGACGAAGGCACUGACCGUGUGGUACAUGAUUUUAUAGGAAGCAUGUUUGUGUGUAAGUAAAGGCAGAAGCAUCAACACCCAGAUCCCCAAAGCACAGCGCCCUCUGCUGGGAACCUCGAGGCAUGGUCACCGCAGGGCUCCAUGUUGACUGCCGGCAUCCACUCCUCCAUUGGGGACAGGAAGUCCUCCACCAGGCAGCUCGAGGGCUCGGCUCCCGGACCAGCGUCAGCAGGCCCCAGGCUGCAGACAGACAGGACAGGGUCAGGCUGGCCAGCACCACCUCCUGCGUGUCUCCGCCAUGUCCCCAACAACUGGAGGCCAGGUGCCUUGUGGGGAGGCUCACUAAUUGCCCCUGUAACCUUCAUGAACGCUUGAAGUUUUCCCUAAUAAAAAUGUAAAAAGCACACUGAACUUGCAAGUCUGAUGUUGAGUUUGGCCUCUACCCUCAGGAGACCGUGAACAACACACAGCCUGUUGCCACCAUGGUGUGAGGGCCUGGGUACAGCACUGGGAAUGGAGACAGACAAAAAUGUCAAACGACGACUAAAUCAGUGCCCAGCGGACGGCACACACAAAGUAAACGGCAGGAACAACCGAGAAGUGAAGGGGCUGAGAGGACCCAGCAGGCAGAGCGCAGCCUAGAAGAUCCACCGCCUUGCUCACAGGAGCCCCCCUGGCAGCUGGGAGACCCCAGUGUCCGUGGAGAGCCUGAAGGGGGGCGGCAGAGCCACAGCUGAUGCUGGGAUCCUCUUACCACAUCAUCACCAACAGAAGAGCAGGGAGGAACGAAACCAGUAAAAAUCCAAGUGAGGACAAGCAACGGUGCUAGGUGUGGGCCCACGUCAGUGGUCACCUAGAUGGAUAAAACAUCCCAGCUAACGCAGGUUGCUCCACGGGAGCGGAGGCGUGACCUGACCACGAACUGCAGAGAAAGACCACUGAGACGUACGAACACGAGGCUGAAAGCGGGGCAGGGAGGGACAGGUAUCACAGACCCAGAAGCCCCAGUGUGGGUGUGGCAGCACCAGGCAGCCCUGUCCCUGACGGAGCCUGUCCACCAGCAGGACGUGUCACAGCCUAGACUGCAAGCUCCGGGUACACAGUUUCAAGUUUCAUGAGCGCUGACGAGACUGAAGGGAGAGACAGGGACACAGGGUCAAGAUGGAGUCGGGGAGCACAGCCAGACGGUUUGGUGGGGUCCUCGGCGGCAGUGGGGUCAGCUGCAGUGGGUCAAGAACUGGAGGCAUCACCCACUGUACAACAGAGCCGAGACGCAAGAACUGUAGCCACGGUCAGCUCCCCAGAGCAGAGGCGGCUGGGCCGAAACCUGCGGGCACUGAAGCACUGUACUUUGCCUCCGUGAGCAGCCCAGGCUCUGGCGGGGCUAUCGGGAGCUUCUGCACCCAGGGGCCUCCUCUCCAGGGACCUUACGCAGCUGUGCGUACGCACUGCACACACAGUGAGCUGCCCCCACAACAGCACCCGUGAGGGCAGACUGAGGCGGGGCCCCUGGGAGACUGGGGGGUUCACCCACAUCCUGCCCGCACACCAGCAGAGCCCCAGGAGAGACGCGUGAAAGAGUGUGCGACCGAAGCCCUCUGAGGAGGACGCCAAGGCCAGAGUCCGGGCUGAGCAUGGACAGAGGUCCUGGAGGAGCCGCGGCUCUGGAACCCCACUCCAGCAAACGUUUGGCAGCAGCUGGCAGCCAGGACGCUGCGUCCUCAGAGUCAAGGUGUCAAGGUCCCGUGACUGCACCCAGCACACGGCCCGACAGGCACAACGCCAGGAGAAAGCAACACCAGGAUCAGACUCGGCCACGGCGGACGUCGGAGUUACCAGACCAGGAAUUUAACACAACUGCGAGUAAUCACCUGUGGGCUCUAACGGAUAAAGUGGGCCACGCAGGAGCCGACGGGUAAGAAGAUGCGAGUCCUCAGAGUCCACGUGAAACGCUACUGAUGAAAAGCCAGGUAGCCACGGACGGCUCACCAAGGUCAGCCCCGGCCAAGGGAACCAGAGACACAUCCCAGACUAUGCAAGAACCCAGGGACGGUGACAAAAAUAGGUGUAGCGGCAGUCGGUGAAACCACCGCCUGUGACUGUGACGCCAGCAUCCCACACAGAGUGCCAGACCAAGUCCUGGCUGCCCUGCUGCUGAUGCGGCCCCUGCCACCCACGCGGGAGAGGACGGUGGAAUUCCUGGCUUUGGCCUGGCCCAGCCCUGGCCAUUACAGCUGCAUGGGGAGUGAACCAGCCCUCCCCUCUUCCCUGGGUUGCCCCCUCCCCCACUUCUUUUUAAAGAUGCGCAGCGUCAGUUGCCAGUGCUGCCUGAGUCAACGUUCGGGCUGCACGUGACCUCAGCCCAGCUCCUGGCCGGCUUUACGCUGCACGCUGAGCUGAUGCGGAAAGCUUUAUGGAAAUAAAAGAGCCAAGAAGAAUCAAGGUACUUGAAGAACGAACUCAUGACCUAGGAUGAGCCCGCGCCUGGGAUACGGAUGGGUCCAGAUCCAUGGCCAGGACAGGGAAGACCGCCUCUCUCUCACGGGCUGUCACCUGACUUGUCACUUGGUGCCAAGAGUGGAGUCGGCUCAGCUGGACACAACCCCUCUCACCCCCAGGCAACAACCAUCAGCCAGGUGAACUGCCAGUUUCUGUGUUAUAAAAAGCUUUCAGGAAAAUCAGGAGGUGGAGUGACCUCAUAGUAGGCAAAGGUUUCUCAAAGAAAGAAGGGGCUGGCAGGUUGGAAUGUGUCGGACCGAGGGAGAAGGGUGCCUGGAGGCAGACGACCCCGACAAGCAGGGCGGGAGCGCGACGGGCACCAGCACACGAGGACUGACAGCACGGACAGCAGGGCAAGAGUGUGUGUGGACUAUCGUGAAACUCCCCGGGGCAGACACGGACCCUCAGGAGCCACAGCUGCAGGCACCAGGGCCUCGGGACGUGGAAGGCGAGAGGCGGCUGCGAUGGACACUGCGUCAGGGAGGCGACAGCGGAGGCGGCGCGGGAAAGGUCAGAGCGGGGAUGGGGGAGUCUCGAGAGGCAGGAUGAGGGGCCACGCGGCUCGAGGCACAUGACAGUGGGAGGAGCAUCUCGCGUCGGCUGGUGCCCAGUGGCACUGCAAGUCGAGAGGCGUGCUGACGGCACGUGUGUGACAAGUGCAGAGGCCUGGGCGUGCUCGGGGCAGCACCCUCAGCGCUCAACAGCUGGCCUGGGCCAGGUGAGCUCGAGUUCCCAGUGCCUGCGAGACCCCGAGACCCCCGCUCGCUUGUUCUCUCGGCUGCAGGAGGAAGAGCCAAGCGCCCUCAGCCCUGCCACUCCUGGGAGCAGACAGGUGAGGACAGGGAGCACGGGGGCCCUGGAGUGGGAGCCUCGCAGGCCAGGGGCAAGCAGCUCUGUCGCUCACACAGCCCGGCCGCCCAGGAGGACCGGGUUCCCCCGGGGUCCCACGAGUGGGCAGCGUGGGUUACUCGGUUUACCUUGGAGACCAGCUGUGGUCUGGGCACGCUGAGGAGGUCACACAGGCGAUUCCGCUGUCCUCUCACGACCGGGAGCUCUGCCUCCCUGAGGAGGGAAGAGCGCCGUGAGGCCCAGCACCAAAUGUGCACUUAGCACCAACUCCCAGGGACCCUCUACUGCUGGGCAGAGGCCCCGUCACCCUGGAUCCAGAACUGGGGGAAAGCUGCCCCACUCACCCUGGGACCCACACCCAGGCGGAUGCUCGCUCGGGCAGCAGGCAGAAAAGACACCUUCGGAGGUGGCUACCCUCCCUCGCCACUGCUGGGGGAGGGGCUGCGGCCCAACCCAGGGCGGCACAGACUUCAUUAUGGCUUUUUUCUUUUAUUUAAGUAAGUUUUAUUUGAAUCCAGCCAUGUAUUAUUUUCAUUAAAAAUGAAAGCUAGGCUUAGCAAUGC